CACGGCUUUUCACGUGCCACGUCACGGAGGGGGGAAGAAACGGAUUCCUGAGCGCUGCUCGAAUUUCCUGCAAUCACAUCUUCAUAUUCACAGUCUACAGCGGACCGAGACGAGCUUUCUCCUGUUCAACACACUCAACCGGCUCUUGUUUCGAAAAUGAUGUUUCGAUGUUUACCCACUGUGGUUUUCCUGCUGGCUGCAGUGUACUGUCAUGCUGAGCAGGAGGCUCAGAGCAAAUCAAAGGUGUGUGCUAAUGUGUUCUGUGGUGCUGGAAGAGAGUGUGCAGUGAAUGAUAAAGGAGAGCCCAGCUGUCUGUGUAUUGAGCAAUGCAAGCCCCAUAAGCGCUCAGUGUGUGGCAAUAAUGGAAAGACUUACCGGAACCACUGCGAACUGCACCGUGACGCCUGCCUUACUGGACUCAAGAUCCAAGUGGCCCAUGAUGGACACUGCAAAGAGAAGAAACAGGAGAAGGCUGCAGCCAGUCCAGUUGUGUGCUAUAUCGCCGAUCGUAAUGAGCUGCGCAGACGUGUGAUCGACUGGCUGCAGACAGAGGUUGUUCCAGAUGGCUGGUUCACCAAGGGUUCCAACUUUACUGAUAUACUUCUCAAGUACUUCAAGAAUUACGAUAACGGUGACUCUGAGCUGAAUUCUGCCGAGCUGCUCAGGUUCAUUCAGCACAACGCGACUGCCGUCCAGAUGAACUCUUACGCUGAUGAGGAGAACAACCACCUGCUCAGGAGCCUUUGUGUGGAUGCUCUUAUUGAGCUCUCCGAUGAGAAUGCUGACUGGAAGCUGAGUUUUGAUGAAUUCCUCAACUGCCUGAAACCAGGCUUCAGCCCACCUGAGAAGAAGUGCGCUCUGGAAGACGAAACCUAUGAGGAUGGAGCCGAGACACAGGUGGACUGCAAUCGAUGCGUCUGUGCAUGUGGAAACUGGGUCUGCACUGCCAUGACUUGCGAUGAGAAAACUCAGGCUAUUGCGACUGAUGGAGGUCAGGAGUUGACAGAGGAGGAGUGGACUCACCACGUGGCUGAACUCAACAAGCAUCAGGAAACCAUGGAGAAGAUGAAGUCCAGCACAAAAGAGGUCUAAAACAAAAGACAAGCAGAGGGAGAUGUAGAAGAAAUUCCUCUCCUGCUGAUCACAAUCAGGACUCCUGAGAUUAUGUACUGUUAUUGGAAGAAUUACACAACUUUUCGAUGAAUAGGUUAUUUCUUAUUACUUUUAUUGCUGUCCUUAUUGCAUCUAUUCUUUGGUUAAUUUGUUUUAUGUUACAGUUGUACUUUUUUACGUAUUUCAUAAUUAGCAUUUCACCUUUUUGUAUGUUGAUUUGUAUGUCUUUAAGUGCUGUAAUUUGUUUGAUUGUAUCACUCCAAACAUUGCCGAAGAGGCCUCAGCACUUUGUUUUCGGGGCCCUCUGUUUUAUUCACCAUUGUUUUAAUGUAUUAUUCUUUUUACCAUUUAUUUGUUUGUCUGUCUACAGUAAUAUGUGGAAAUAUGUUAUUUGUGUUUGAGACAAUGGCAAUAGAAGAAGGGAGAAUAGAAAAGAUGGGGGAGUGAGCUUGACAACAAAAGAUUACAAAGAAAUCAGCUAAGAACACAAACUGCUGGUUUUAUUACAGCUUCAAAACAAGAGAUAUCCUUUUUUACUUAGAUGGUGGAUAUUCAUAUAAAGUCACAUCAACUGAGGCUUGGUCAUGCCCACUCUCUCUCUCUCUCUUUCUCUCUCUCUUACUCUCAUCAUGGUGAAGGCAGUCAUAGUCUUAAGACCUUUCGUAAAGGUGCUAAUGGUAGUAUUCCUCUCUUUUGCUGCUUUGUCCUCUCGCUUUAGAUUGUAUGUGAUACGAAGGCCAGAAACAUGCUUUAUGCGCAUGCAGAUGCGAGCAUUUGCCAACUUAUUGCUAACGUGCAAUCUGAACAUGUUUACCACAUGUUUUUGCAUUAUGGUGGGGAUUACAAACCUUAAUACUCAAGGGGGCGAUAAGAGUUACCUUCAGAAGUCUUUGCUAUUAAACUGAAUGUUUUGUUAUUCAGGUAAGAUAUUUUGUCUUCAAACUGUUGCUCCGCCACGACGAUAGUUAGCUUAAAAGAGAAGACUCGUAGAAGCAGACAGUUCAAACUAAUGUCCGCUAUAGCGCCUCUUGUGGCAACAUUGAGACUGCAACACAUACUUACGUUGCAUUCUGAAUUGCAGUCUGACACUUUUUGAAAUGCAACAAUGCACAAAAUCAAGCUUUUGCGUAGCUAGAGGCGUCUGCGUUCACAUACUUGCGUAGAGUAUUUUUUGGCCUUAAAGGGAUAGUUCACCCAAAAAAUUUAAAUUCUCUCAACAUUUACUCGUCCUCAUUCCAUCCCAGACAUGUAUGACUUUCUAUCUUCUGCAGAACACAAAUGAAGAUUUUUAGAAUAUUUCAGCUCUGUUGGUCCAUACAAUGCAAUUGAAUGGUGGCCAGAACUUUGAAGCUCCAAAAAGCACAUAAAGGCAGCACAGUGGUUAAAUCCAUGUCUUCUGUAGCUAUCCAAUAGGGUUUGAGUGAGAACAGAUCAGAAUAUAACUCCUUUUUCUAUAUUAAUCUUGAAAGCAGUCUCCUUGGCAAUCAUGAUUUCAAGCUCGAUUACACUUCCUAUAGAGCCAUCUAGUGCUCUGCACAUGCGUGAAGCACUAGGAACUGUAAUCGAGCUUGAAAUCAUGAUCAUGCCUAGCGAUUGCAAUGGCAAGAUGUACAGUGAAAAAGGAGUUAUAUUUUGGUUUGUUCCCAAAAAAAAAACAAAAAAAAAAUGACUGGAUCUUUUCUGAAGACAUGGAUUAAACCACUGGAGUCGAAUGGAUUUCUUUUAUGCUGCCUUAAUGUGCUUUUUGCAGCUUCACAGUUCUGGCCACCAUUCACUUGCAUUGUAUGGGCCUACAGAGCUGAGAUAUUCUAAAAAUCUUCCUUUGUGUUCAGCAGAAGAAAGUAAGUCACACAUCUGGGAUGGCACGAGGGUGAGAAAAUGAUUAGAAAAUUUUCAUUUUUGGGUGAACUAUUCCUUUAAUUAGGACAUAAAACAUUAGAUGCGGGAACAGCAACAGAGACAUGAAGUGUUGAAAUGUGGCUCAGUGGAGAGAGCAAGUAAUACUUUUGAAUUAUAAAGCUGAAGUGCGUAAUUUCUGUGCCACUAGAGAUACCAAAUGGAAUUGAACAGAUAGAACAAGGUCACACCACUGGUUGAGCCCAUGCUGUUAUGUAAGGCUGGUCAGGAUGCUCAAAUAAACAGAGCAGUUUUAAUAGUGCCACAGUGUUUACAAUUUUUGAGGCAAUCAACUUACAAAUGGCUUACUCAUAGUUGUCUCUGCAUAUUAACCCUGGAUAGGAGUAUUUUAAUGUCUAAGUAAUUACACACUCAAGCUUUAAUAUCAUACUGAGGCAACAAACAUGCUCUUUCUUCUGUGACCAUGUCAGCGCAGGUCUUGAAUUAGAUUAGGUCAUCUCCUUCAUAGAUUAGAACACCUUUGCUGUACGAAUGCGUUAGCUAACCUUGAGCUUAUACUGAUGUUAGUUGCUAAAGGCAGUUUAUGCUGAAACUCAAACUGUGCUCAGUCCCACACUGAUGCGGUUUUUGAACAGGUAAAAAUAAAUGAACAAGACAGAAAUCCGAUUCAUAGUGGACCUGAACUGAGGUUAAUCAUGUUCUAUCAACUAACCAUUUGCUUUCACAGAGAAACGACUGAGUACAGAGAGAGUAACCUGAAACCAAAGCCUGAUGUUUAAGAUUUUUAAAAUGUACGAAAAUCUCCAGGUAUGCCACUACUCUGGACCCAGCAACUACUUUAUACCUGUUACAUAAAAUAGAAAAGGAUUAGAGUCGCUAUUGCCUCUGUAGAGUAGUUGCAUUCUUUCAGAAUUGAGAGUUUGUCUGAAUGCGUGCAAAAAUAUUUGUGUGUGUGUGUGUGUGUGUGUGUGUGUGUGUGUGUGUGUGUGUGUGUGUGUUAGCUUGUUUGUGGUAAUGAGUGCCUUAAAUAUACGAACAGCAUGCCAUAAAGUGGCUUCUUCUGUAUGUAUAAAUCAGUACAGUAUUAUGGACACCUAGCAAUUGCCUUUUAUAUGCCUGUCUUAUUCAGUGGGGCAGAAUUAAAACAUUUUAUUCGGGAAAAAACACUUGUUCAGUUUUUUUUUUUUUUUUUUAUAAAUACAUUAUUUUUAUGAUUAAUAUCAGAAAUGUAUUGUGUGCUAUUACAAAUUCCAUAAUAAAAAUACCACAAUUUUA